GAGAGCCAGCUACCGUAUUCCUUCCGAUGGUGUCACAGCCUUGCUGGAUCUAGACUAGACUACCCAGCCUUUACAUUGUGCGCUCGCGCUGCCUCCCUCCCUGUGUCCUGAGCUGAGGAGCGACUACGCUACGGACGGACGGCGCACAGCCUGCGACCACGACCAGACGACGCGACACGACGCACCUGACUGUCUCUCUGGACGGACAUAUGUGCCCCGACAGCAGGGAAGGAAUCACCGUUCCCAAGUCAUCGCAGUAGCCAAGAUCGAAUUCAUAUCAGCAUUGCUAACAGCGGCUAAAAUCAUCACAGGAUGGCGGUGGAGCUGUAUGACUCCCAGUACCUCCUCAUCCUGGCCCCGUCGCUGGUGGUGGCUCUCAUCUUCCUCUUCUUCUGGCUCUUCAUGAAGGAGACCUCCUACGACGAGGUGCUCGCGCGACACAAGACACAGGUCAAGUACCCCGCUGUGCGCACAGACGUCCGCAGCAGCAAGAAGAACGACAAGAAGAAGAACAAGAAGAAGGAGGGAGGAGGUGGUGGAGGUGGAGGAGGAGGUGGUGGUGGUGGAGGAGGAGAUUCAGAGGAGGAGCUGAGGGAUGCCGAUACGCCUGAGGCCAGCGCCGUGUCCGAGGAGGAAGACGCCUCCGAGCCCGUGGCCGCGCCCGCUCCGCCAUUGGUGGAAAUGACCAACGUGCAGGCGGAGCCGACGGCUGGACUGAGGAAGAGGAGGGAGAGGAGGCAGAAGGCCUCCGCCCCACCACCCGAGGACCAGGAGGUCAGCAACUCCAAGGCGCUCCCCGUAACCAAAAUAGAACCCCCUCCACCAGUCGCUAAGCAGCAGGUGACCCCCCCUCAGCAGCAGCAGCAGCAGCAGCAGCAGCAGCAGCAGCAGCAGCAGAACCGCCCCCCCACCAAGGCAGAGAACAAGAAGAAGGCCAAGAAGAUGAAAACCGAGGCGGGGCUGAUCGAGGAGGCGAUCAUCGGCGACAAUAAGCCCCAGGUGCAGAGCUCCCCGGUCAUCAAGGAACCACCUGUAGCUGUGGUGGACGCUAAGCCCCAGGAGACGGCUGCCCCGCCCCUCAACAACAGCACCCCGCCCCCACCGGCCCCCGUCACCGCCCCGCCCCCUAGUGGCGGCAAACGCAAGGGCAACAAGAAGCAGAAGACAGAAGCAGUGGUGGAUAACGCUGUUGUUGCACCUGUGGCGGCUGUGCCUCCUGGAGACGCAGUAGCGUCUGACAACCACCAGGGCGGCUACAAUGAGAACGCCCCCUCCCCCACAUCAGGCUCCGGACGCGCCUCAAACAAACAGAGCAAGAAACAGAAGAAUGAAACUGAUCGAGAGAACUCUGAGAUGAAGCUGAAGGAGCUGGUGUGUGGCCUGAGUGGGCUGGCCCUGUCGGAGCCGGAGAUCAUCAGCGUGGUGUCCCUGCUGCACGAGAAGAGCCCCGCGGCCCUCGAGGCAUGGAGCAAGACUCUGAAGAGUGUCAGUAAGCAGCAUGAGCCCUCUCUACAGCAGCAGCAGGAGAGAGAGCGACUCCUCAACACCCUGCAGGAGGAGGCCUCCAUCGCCAAAGACAAAGUCAAGCAGCUCGCACAGGAGCUGCAGCUGGAGAAGGCGAAGACGGGUCGUGCGGAGGCCAUGAUGAGGGAGCAGCGCGUCGCCAUGGAGAAGGAGGUCAGCGUCAUGCAGGCCAAGUCACAGAACAGCUACCAGGAACUCAACAACUACCAGAUCAAGCAUUCCCAGCUGGAGAACCAGAUCGCUCGCCUGACGCAGGAGAACGGGAUCCUGAGAGACGCUGUCAGCUCUGCCACCAACCAAAUGGAGACCAAGCAGUCUGCGGAACUGAAUAAGUUGCGUUCGGAGUGCGCGGGCCUGAUGAAGGAGCUGGGUGACAACAGCAGCAAACUGCAGCAGGAGGAGAUACAGCGGAAGAACCUGGAGGUCAACUACAAGCAGAACGUCUCCCAACUAGAGGUCCAGUUGCAGGAUGCUAAGAGGCGUUGGGAAGAGCUGCAGAACUUCCUCCACAGUGUCAACACAGAGAGGGAGAAGCUGCAGGCAAAUAAACAAGACCUCCAGAACCAGCUGAUCACCAUGGAGACGGAGCUGAGCGGUAAGAAGCAGGAAGUGGCGACGCUCCACAGCAGCCUGACGGACACGCUGGUCUCCAAGGAGCAGCUGGAGCAGAAGGUCAUGCAGCUGCUGGAGGUCUCACAGCACGCACACACCCUGCAGCCGGACGACAACAUGCAGCAACAAGUACAGGAUCUUCUGAAUGAGAACAAGACGCUGCAGGUCCAGAUUGAAGGCUUUAAGUCCACCGUCGCCUCUCAGGCUACUACCAUGUCUCACUUCGAAGAACUUCAGAAACUUCUGGCUGAAAAGGAACAGCAGAGGAAAAGUCUUGAGGAUUCACUAAACGCAGAGAGGACCAGCGGAGCCAGCAGAGAGACCAACAUGCAGGCCAUCCACAAUGAGAACAUGAGCCUCAAGGCAGAGAUGCAGAACCUACAGCUGCAGAUGACCGAACAGGCCACGUCCCAGUUGGCAGUUGAACAGCUCCAGCUGAGUCUCCAGGAAAAAGAUUCCAAAAUCAAGACGGUGGAGUCCGUCUUGGAGUCUGGACUCAUUGAGAUGGCCAACAAGGAGGAGGAGCUGAAGGCGAUCCGGGAGGAGAAUGAGAGUCUGAAGUGGCGAGUAGAGGCCUUACAACAGCAGACUACACAACAGGCAUCAUCAGAGUCGGUUGUGGAGGACCUUCAGAGACAGAUGCAGGUGAAGGACUUGGAGAUGAAGUCAGUUGAGGAGAGUCUGCAGAGCGCGAUGGACAGCGGAGCGGAGAAGGACAAGACCAUCGAGGGUUUACAGGCCCAGCUAGCGUCCCAGACUACUGAGAUGGAGGAGCUGAAAACGAGGGAAUCGCAACCGCAAGAGACGACGCCCGACCUGCAGCCCCAGAUCCUGGAGCUUCAGGCGCAACUGUCUUCUAAAGAUGUGGAGCUCCAGGCUCUUCAGAAAGAGGUGGAGGAGAAGACACAGCAGGUGGAGGAGAAGGCCAAAGAGGUGCAGGAGACGAGGAAACAGCUGGACGAGAGCGCUAGACAAGUGCAGGAGACGCAGCAACAGCAAACUCAAGCAGACACGAGUCAGGAGCUGCUCAGCGCUUUGACGGAGAAGGGCCGGCAGAUAUCAGACCUGCAGGCCGAGCUCGUGGACCUGAGGGACGCUGUGGAACUCCACAAAAAGAAGAAUGACGAGCUCCGUCAGAAAAACUGGAGCGCCAUGGAGGCGUUGUCAGCCACCGAAGCCAUGCUGCAGGAGAGGUUGAGCCUCAGGAGACCGCCUCAGGAGCAGCAGACAGCAGUGGAAUCCUCAGAGGCGGAAUGUAGAGCAACACUCCACAGGCUCCUCCCCCACGUGCCCCUCCCACCUGAACAGAAUCACCAGCAGUGGCUGCAGAGCUUUGAGACGGCCAUGAGGGAAGCGGGAGUCCCUGCAGCCCAGGAGGAGACGAGGGAUGUUGAUCUCGGCGGCGCUGGAGACGCACAGGCGGCCACGUUGGAGCGUCUGCGGGAGUCUGAGGAGGCCCAGAAGGUUCUCCAGAAGGACUGCGAGACCUACAAGAGGGUCCUGGCAGAGACGGAGGGGAUCCUUCAGAGGCUCCAGAGCAGUGUGGAACAGGAGGAAACGCGCUGGAGGAUGAACCUGGAACUCUCCCAAACGGAACUCAAAGAGCUGAGAACUGAAAAGCAGCAGCUGGGCUCAGAACUGGAGCAGGCAGGACGGGAGUGUGCCACAUACGUAACGGAGAUACACGGGUUGAAGAAGCAGCUGGACGAGGUGAUCGGUAAACUGGAGGGGGAGGAGAGCGAGAGGAAAGGCGUGACUGGAGACCUGCAGAAGGCGGAGUGCUCCCUGGAGGUGAUCCAGAGUCUGCUGAAGGAGGCCGGCCAGGAGAACCAGCCUGACAACAGCAGCACGCCAACACAAACGGACCUGGAGAGCAGAGAGAAGACUGUGUCUGGGCUGAACCAAACUGUUAAAGAACUCCAACUACUGCUACAGUCUGUCAAGAAGAGGCUGACCAAGGGCCAGGAAGGGGUAGAAGAGGAUGUUGUCUUUGGCGGGCUGUGAUGUCGAGAGGAGGAAAGGAGACGUUGUAGAUUAGCCAUGUACAACACCCCCCCCUACUCUACUCUUGUCAUGACCACUCGGAUAAUAUAAUGGCUCAUUCUUUCGAAACUCGGCUGUCGGUAGACCCGAGGUUGUUCUCCCGACAACCGUUGUAAAUGUGUUCUAUUGCAACAGUUGGGGACAAUACUCAUGUCUGAAAACACCAAUGAGUUAAACGAACUCGGAGUACAGUACACCGAGCUGCUUCGAGUUUGUGUUUCGGAACCCCUGAUUUGAGUACCCAUUCUAUUGCACUUUCCCGAGGAGGCGGCUGGGGUUUUUCCGACAACCGAGUUUCAAAAGAAUGCACCAUAAGACCCACUACUGAGUCCCCAUGAUGCCCCCCCACACCCCCCCUGGUCUCUCUGCCUUUACUGUCACCCUUUACUGUCUUCUCUUCUGUUCAUAGUGCACACCACAAACCCAUUCUACUGUACAUGCAGCCUACUGUACACAGUCAUACAAUCAACCCAUGUACUGUACGUACGUAAAAGCAAUUGGGAUGUCAGUCAGCCUUCUCCUUUUCCUUUUCAGGAAGAAACACACUUUGGGUUUUUUGAGUUCAUGAGCGGAAGAAGAAGAAAAAAAAACUAACUAAAACAAACAUACACACCAAAACACAAAGGAGGCACUCCAUAUUUUCUUUUCCCCUCCCCCACCCUUGUGUCUUUGCUAUGCAUGUAUGGUUUAGUGGCUGCAGAACAGGCUCCAUUAUAACAGGCAGGUCAGAGGUCACAUGAUGCAGCCAUCAGCUGAGGCAGGGUUCCGUUCCAGGGGUGCAUUUCUGUGAAGCGCAGUUGCUAACCAUGUUAGCUACUUUGUUGGUUGCAAUGCAAUUUCCCAUUGGCAACUACCGAAGUUGCUAACAGGCUAACAACUAUACUUUCCAGAAACCCACCCCAGAGUUGAAUAUAAAGUAGUAGUAGAGGCACUCGUACAGCUGUAAUG